AUGCAUUUCUUCACUUUUGCUGCUACUGCAGCGGCAUUGGCUCCUUAUGUGUCUGGCUUGGACAUCUUGCUCGGCAACGAUGACGGUUUUGCGUCUGCCCAACUCCGAGAAACUUACAGACUAUUGAAGAAGGAAGGGCACAAUGUCGUCGUCGUGUCCGAGGCCGACAACCAGAGUGGUCAAGGUGGCCGAGCAGUCUUCACGAACAGAAACACUCUUCAGCAAGAUUCGGAGUAUGGGCUCAUCAAAGCUGGAGCUCCAUCUAUUGGCAGAGAUCCAAUGGACCAAAACAUCUGGUACUACAACGGCACUCCCGCUGCAACAGCCUUCGUCGGCCUCGACUACGUCCUCCCCAACUUCACCAACUUCACUGAACCCGACCUCGUUGUCGCAGGCCCCAACUUUGGCCUCAACCUCGGUCCCUUUUUGUACACUCUCUCCGGUACUGCAGGCUAUACGUAUGCCUCCGUAGGCAGAGGCUAUCCAGCUAUAGCCUUCAGCGGCGGGAACAGCGAACAGCGUUCUUAUCAAUGGAUGAACAAAACUACACCUUCUGGCCAUCCGGAUCCUGCUACGAUUCAAGCUCAGCUCGCUGUCAAAGUCAUUCAAGCUCUUGUGAAAAACACGAAGCGCGGUGAACGGCUAUUGCCAUUGGGCUAUGGAAUCAGUGUCAACACGCCUUUCAUCACCUCUCUCACGAACGAUUCUUGCGUUGAUCCGACAUUCGUUCAGACCAGAUUGACUGGUGGGGCGGAUUAUGAUGUUGCGGUGUUUAACCAGACCUCGGGACUGUUCAGGUAUGAGAACAUUGUGCCAGCUGGGGGCAACGUUUGUAUCAAUGGAGAUUGUGAUUUGCCGGGAGAGACGGAGGUGCUGAGCUCGGGCUGUAGGGCUUCCAUCAGUGUUUUUACGGUGGAUUAUGAUGCGCCAGUCGGGAAGGCGCAGGAGGAUGUGAGGCAUAAGUUUAAGGGGAUUGCGAAGGAGGGAAAGAAGGGACAUUACGUGAGGAGACAUGAUGCGGAGGAUGAGAGUAGGAAGGAGUGGAGUGCCAGGUGGAAUUUGCAAGGAUGA